AUGGCAUCAGGAGAAGAAGAGGGUUCAAUUCCCCCACAGGAAGGAGGCGACGACAAUACAGACACAGUAGUCACAAGGGGAGACGGUAAUGUGGAGAGGCAAGGGGAAGUUGACACCCCGCCAGCAGUUAAAUGCCGACGUCUCUCUGACUUGAGCGUCACGACUACAAGCAGCGACAGUGGCAGUAGUGUCAUAACGUUAAAAUCUAUUGAACGAAUGCCCUCACUAGAUCCGAGCAAAAUGGAACAAUCGCCGUCCCGCGGUUCCGCAAUCUCACCUAACCCCGGGAGGGCGUUUGAGAUUGCGCUCUUGCACUUACCCAGCGAGGGUGAGUUGGCCGCUUUGCCCGAGGCGUCACUCCCGCAUCAUCCAUGUUGUCCAGUACUGCGAGCUGAGUCUAUACACGGCAUGGACGCCACUGCGUCUCCCGCCACAUGCGCUGCAGUGCAGGACAACGCAGCGUGUGCCACGUUGACAUCAUGCCAGGAAUUUAGGGAAGAUGGGCCGAGCGAAGUGAAUACGGGGGCGGGCCCUGCUGCAGGCCCCGACAGGAUGGCAGCUGCAGUGGACCAUCCACCGGAGUCUAGCAACGAGAAGAUGGGUGGGAACGAAAUGGAGAGCCAUGACGAGAGGCCGUCGGAGCAAAUGCCGAGGCCGGGCUUCGCUGGAGAAAUUGCACCUCAGUAUGGUGCGAAUAAAAGUGCGUCGCCACCGUUGCCAUCACCGUUGAAUGUAACUUCAAAGCCGCGUGAGAAGAUCCUGUCGUCUCACUGUCUGGACGGAUCAGGGGCGAGCGAGGUGCGGAGGAGUGUCACGCUGAAUCCCACAGACAUGCCGCCUCCAUCGAAUGUGGUUGGCAAUGCGUCACUCAGCAACAGCAGUUCGGUGGAGAUGGAGAAGAAAUCGUCGAGUUCACUUCCCCGCUUUAGAGCGAGUAGCACACAAAAAAUAGCACUCCACCAGGAUGCUCUGCCUGGUGAGGAAAUUAAAAUAGAGCCGGUGCGUAGCUUCCUCACAGAGAAGCAGCAGAGGGCCAUACGACACGCACCUCUGGCGUUGACACGGUACCACACUCCACCGCCACAUCACAUGCUCCUCAGCGCUUCGUCAGGCAGGGGAAAAAGAAGGCGAUCCAAGCAGGAUGCGUUAACGAGGAUGCCCCUGGACGAUGGAGAGGGCUCGACAGAUGUUCACGUCGUAUCGCUUGAGUCAGGGUACACGAGCCACAAUGAAGAAGCAUGCACAUCACCUCAGAAAUUAGGAGGGCGGGAGGUGGAUCACGCGCCGCCGCCCGUGGAGGAUGUGAAACAAACCGAGGGGCCUGUACGUUCUGCCAUUUAUGAGCACCCGGAGGAGAGCGAGCCGCAGAAUGAGAUGGGCAACCGCGAAAUACAACGCCGGCUGAGCGAUUUUAUGGGGGCAUUUCAAGAUUCGUCCCAGAGGAAUUGGGCGUCUGUUUUGUCAAUUUCUCCACAGGCCUCUCGAGGAAUUGUACGUUCUUCUUCGUAUACUGCUUCCAUAUUCAAGAAACGGCAGUCAUUGGACAACAGGCGGUCAAGCGAUGGCUCGGCGCCACUUGUGCAGAGCAUCAAGGAUUUGGCGUCCACAGAAACUCUGGAAGAAUGCCCAAUGUGCGUGGAGUCACCCAAUACUCUUGCUGAGGUAGCCACCCGCAUCUCUCAGAUACUUUUGGAUGUUCCGAAUGACGGUCCCAAUGACGCAUCUCCGUUGCCUGAGGUGACUUCAAAACCACUCGGUCGGCUAAAAUCCGAGGCGACGUCUCCUCUCAUUUUUUUGGCUGAAACUAAUGUUCAUGGGCCCACGCCACCGCCAGCAACGACAGAGGUCAACUUUUCACCAUCACCAUCACCAGCACCUCCAGUGAGCGUCCUUGAAGAUAAAGACUCAAAUUUACAGGAAUCUGACGUUAGGACUGGAUUUACGCCACCAUGUAGGGCUGAUGACGCAUAUUUGGGCAACUUGCUUCCAGGCACCAUUGCCCCUUUCGCCCCGGCGCCGUUGUCUUGGCACCGCCGCGUCCGCAGCACUGUCGCAUGGCUUGGGGACUACGAUGAUGACAAAAUUUCCAUUUACUCACCAGCAGACCCAUCACUAGCGUUGCCACCAUCUGACUUUGCCGCCAAUGCCACCUACCUUUCCAAGCAGAAGGAAAAACACACGGAGGGUUCCACUGCCAGUGAGAGCACCGGUGAAGAGGAUUUGCUUGAGGGAUUCUACCCCGGGGCGUACAAGGUCGAACGGGAGCAUCGUUUUUCCAGUGGUGUCGUUUUCAUCUUGGAGAGAGAAGACUGUUUUGCUUGUAGCGACAACAACACCGAGGGUGGUGACGUGACAAACGUCGUGCGGCGUAGCAGUAGACGCACCUCGGCGGUGCCUCAAGUUUUGCCGAUGAAUUCACCGAUCAUUUGUUCUCCACAUAACAAAGAGGUGUUUAAUCAGCAUCCCACGUUGCCCAUACCGCAGCAGGAUGGCGUCUGGCAAAGUGUAGAAGACGCCGACGACAAUCAGGGGCAGGAAACGAAGAAGAGUCUGCAGCGCCAUAGUCUUUCUACGGAUCAAUACGCCUCUUUGAGUUUGUCCAGCAUUUAUCGCCCAACCUCCCACAAAUACGCACCGGAUCCCAACAAGAUGUUCUGCCCAAUAACCAACGUCUUCCGGCUGCGUCAGCAUUUUCCAGACUCGUCCACUACGACAAGCGAUGAUGAUGGGGAUGGUGAGUUUGGCUGCGAUGGCGGCUAUAAAUUCUCUGACUAUGGAUGGGAAGGGGAAUAG